CUAGAUACCGCCGCAUCCUCUCCGCAUAAGCUCUUCUUCUCUGCGGAACUCCUGUUUGGACGCAUCCUCUCCGCCCUCGGAUCGCCCAGCCGACCGUUUUCCGCACAAUCCGGACAUUUGGGAGACACGGUGUCGGGCUUCCCACAUCGGUAGCAGAACACUCUGCGUUCUGUUGCUGCGCAGUCACGGAACCCGUGAUCCACGGCUCCGCAAUUCCAGCAGCCGGCUCGGAACGGAUUUUUAGGCUUCGCCCGCACUUCGUCCACCUCUUGCCACGGAGGAUCCUCACCAGGAUCUGGGCCAAUCGCCUCGCUAACCUUGGCCUUUUCCGCCAGAGGAUACCGCAUCGGCUGCGUGUACGUGGUCCGUCCACGUUGUCCAAAACUGCGCUCCACCUCGCAGCACUCUUCCCGCAGCUCAUCCACCGUGAGCACAUCCAUCGCGUAGACAAACCUUGCGAUGCUCUCCCUCAAUCCCUUUUUAAUAAUCUUCACCAGCUGCCGCUCUGACAGUGGCCUUUUCAGUCGAGCCGCCAACUGCUGCAUCGCAUGGAUAUAAUCGCCAACUCCUUCUCCGAGCUGCUGCUCCCUCUGCAGAAGUUGGUGCAUCCGAUCGUGCUCCGUCUGAUGGCAUCGGAACCUAUCCAUCAGCGAGGCUCGAAGCUGGGACCACCUGUCCACCCUGCAGUGACGCACGUGCACCCAGUACCACUCCCGAGCCCGCCCAGUGAGCAGCAGGUGGAAGUUUCGGAGCACCUCUUGCCACGGACAUUGGCACUGCCGCUGCAGGAACUCCAACCGGAAGAGAAAAUCUUCCACCGAGUUUCGCUCAUCCUCCCCGUCGAAGGAUACGCCCCACCGCUCAAUUCGCCAUUGCUGGUUGGCGGCUGCCGGCCCCACAUUGGCAUACAGACGCGGCUCCUCCCGGAACUCUGAGGCCCUGCGGUCCUCAAUGCACCAGCUGCGGGCCGGGCCGUCGUCUCGGCGCGACCUGAAAUGAUCCGGAGGAUACCCGGGACUGCUACUUUCCAACUCCUGGAAAUCCAGCGGCCUCCUCGUCGGUUUGGGUGGCACCCUCGGCGGAGGUAGCCUGGAACCGUCCCUGCCGGCGACCUGUGUGCUCUUCGGCACCGCACCUUGCGGGGCUUGACCAGGGAUUCCCGCGUUGAUCCUUGAAUCCGGACGCCUUCGCUCAUCCGGCAUGCUCUCCAGGGGAAGCUGAGGCCGCUGAGCAGCAGGCCUUAACACCUCGUUCAUCAGCUUCAUCAUCUCCAGGAAGCCACUUCGGAUCUCGUCCCUCAGUGCCUGAUUGAUCCCGCCUUCUUGGGCCUUCCGAUGGGUCUCCGCCGCCUGUGCCAAAGCCACAUUAACGGCCGACCUUGCCGCGGAAUCCACAAAGGGAUCGUGGAGUCUUGCGUCCUUAUAGUCCAGCUGCAAUAACUCAUCCGCUGCGGAACCAAUUCCCUCCAGGAUCUGCUGCUGCCUUAGGUCCUGCUGCAGCUCUGUGUCCUGUGGUCCUUUUUGCUCUUGUUGCAGUCCCUGGCGCAGACGGGCAAGCGGAGUCCUGGGCAACCCUUCCGAUAUGCGCGGCAAGCCAGCCUCGGUAACGCCCUCCACAUCCGUGGACCACAUCUUUUCGUCGUCCUCGCCUGGAAAACCUUUCGACCGAAGCAGGUGAUCAUGCUUGCUGCCUUGUCGCUUUGACAUCUUGAAUUUUGAUAACCCCUAACACGACUUCUGAAACCCCGAAUUCAACGUGGCCACCAAAAGCCCAAAUUAUGUAUAAAUAAAUAAAUUAUACUGAAUGCUAGUAAAUAAUAAUAAACAAUAAAUAAA